AUGAACACUCUUUCAGUAGCCGUUGUACUCCUCUUUACGUAUACUGUCGAUAAUAUGGCAGAACAGCUGGUGGGCGGCUUUCGGGAUAUAAAUGUCGAUGACGCAAAAGUGCAGGCAAUGGCAAGUAGAGCAAUGGCACAUAUAAAUGCAAGACGGGACGGUAUUUUUUAUAUGGUCAAAUUGAAAGUCCUUAGCGCCAAAGAGCAGAUUGUGGCCGGAACAAAUACUGUCAUCGAAAUACUGGCUCAAGAGUCGACAUGUGAAACAAAUAAAAUGGCCGUACACGAUGUAACGGAUCAUACGUGUUCUCCACGCAAUGGUGGGAUGAAGGAGGUAAUUUUUACUGGGAAAACUGUCAACGAAUGA